AACACUGGUGAAGAAUGAAGGCCUCUUUCGCCCUCUUGUUGCCCCUGCUCCUGCCCCUCGUCAGCGGCCAGGUGUUCCACUGGGGCUCCUGUCCAGAUGCUACUGUCCAGCCCAACUUUGAGCUCCAGAAGUACCUGGGAAAGUGGUAUGAAAUUGCCAGGCUGCCGAACCUCUGGCAGAAAGGAGAAUGUGCAGAGGCCAAUUACUCAAUGAGGGCUGACGAAUCCAUCAAAGUGGUCAACACAGAACUGAUGAAUGGAAAGCCUAACACAGUGGAGGGGACAGCAGUCGUGCAAGACUUUAACGAACCGGCCAAGCUGGGAGUCAGCUUCUCCUACUUCUCGCCAUACAGCCCGUACUGGGUCCUGUACACUGACUACGAGACGGUGGCGGCGGUCUACUCCUGCACCGGCAUAAUGGGGAUCUUCCACGUGGACUACGCCUGGAUCAUCGGGCGCUCCCGCUGGAUUCCAGAGGACGCCGUCAGCAGCGCCAAGAACGCUUUCAUCAGCAACGGCAUCGACCUCAGCAAAAUGACCAUGUCCGACCAGCAGGGCUGUGACCCGCAGCUUUAG